AUGGACGUGCUCAAACGCGAGCUGCAGCGCAAGCGCCAGCUCCUCAACGCCGAUUUCGGCGGCCGGAAGAUCCUCCGCCGCGCCGAGAUCGAGGCCCGCGAGCUGCAGCGCAUCCGCGAGACCGAGCGCCAGCUCCUACUCCAAAAGCAGCUCAGGCAUUCCCACCCGGCGUCCUCCCCCUCCGGUUCCUCCUCGAGCUCCUGCUCGCCCACCUCCGCAGCCGCCGAGGCGUCGCGGGCAGAGAGCGGCUCCGAGGAGUCGCUCCCGAGGGAGGAGGUCAUCCGGCGCCUGCGCGUGCUGCGGCAGCCGGCCACGCUCUUCGGCGAGGACGACGUCGCGCGCCUCCGCCGCCUCCGGGACCUGAUCGAGGACCCCGCCGCGCUCGCCGACGUCGACGCGGCGGAGAUCGGGGAGGGGCAGACCAACGACUUCCUCCGCGACAUCCAGGCGCUGCGCGCCAAGGCUGCGGCCGCGACGAAGCCCAAGGCCGCCGGCGCGGAGGCCCAGCGUGGGGAGGGCGACGACGGCGUACCGAGAGAUGUGCCGUUCGAGGAGCUCUGCGACGAGGAUAAGAUCACCGCGUUCUUCAGUAGGCUGAUGGGCGAGUGGACUCAAGAGGUGGACGGUAUGCCUGAGGCGGAACGGCGGACGGCAAAAGGGAAGGCCGCGGUAGCCACCUGCAAGCAGUGCGCGCGAUACCUCGACCCGCUCUUCAAGCAGUGCAAGAAAAAGGUUCUCCCUCCUGAUGUCCGACAAGCAUUGCUGGAGGUGGUCAGGUGCUGCAUGAGACGAGACUACCUGGCUGCAGUGGACAAUUAUAUCAAGCUAGCAAUAGGCAACUCGCCAUGGCCAAUUGGUGUGACUAUGGUUGGUAUUCAUGAGCGAUCGGCUCGCGAAAAGAUCUACACGAACAGCGUGGCUCACAUCAUGAAUGAUGAGACGACCAGAAAGUACCUGCAGUCUGUGAAGAGGCUCAUUACAUUCUGCCAGAGGAAGUACCCCACUGAUCCAUCAAGGUCGGUAGAGUUCAACAGCCUGGCAAAUGGCAGUGAUCUGCAGUCUCUCCUGGCGCAGCAAAACGCGAAGAAUUCAGAAGAAACGCUUCGGUUAGUGGCUGCGUCAUGA